AUGACUGACGUUGAUACUCCAAAGACAAAUGAAGGCACUGCAAGAGUCUUCCCAAAGAUGAGUGAAUCUUUUUUCUCUGAUAAUGAAUCCUCUGCUACCGAUGAAUCUGUUGUUGAAGAUAAUAUUGAAAAUGAUGAUACUUUCGUUAAUGAGGCAGAGAAUGAUGGAUUUGUUAGUACUCAUAAUGGUGCAAAUCCUGUGAAGAAACCUAACAGAUCUAUUAGAUCAAGAAAGAAGACUGCAAAUGAUGCAAUGAAUAUGUUGGCCCAAAAGGAUCAAAGUUUCUUGAACCAUGCAAAUACCGAUAUCCCAGCUGAUUUUCAACCUGAUACAGUUUCAGGUAUGUUUAGAUCCCAUGAUUUCAGUUACUUAAAAUUAAGACCAGAUCAUUCAUCAAGACCUAUCUGGAUUUCUCCAAGUGAUGGUAGAAUUAUUUUGGAAAGUUUCUCACCUUUGGCUGAACAAGCACAAGAUUUCUUAGUCACAAUAGCCGAACCUAUCAGUAGACCAUCUCACAUUCAUGAAUAUAAGAUUACUGCUUAUUCUUUAUAUGCAGCUGUCUCUGUUGGUCUUGAAACCGAUGAUAUUAUUUCUGUCUUGGACAGAUUAUCUAAGGUCCCUGUUGCUCAAUCAAUUAUAGAUUUCAUUAAAGGUGCUACCGUCUCAUAUGGUAAAGUAAAACUAGUUAUCAAACAUAAUAGAUAUUUCGUUGAAACUACUCAAGCUGAUAUAUUACAAAUGUUAUUGAGAGAUUCGAUCAUUGGUCCUUUAAGAAUCGAUAGUGAACAACAACAAAUGGACGGUGAAGAAAAUCAAACAAAUGAUUUGAAAACUUCUGAUACGAAAGCUAAUGUCAAUCCAAAUGAUGUUGAAGCGAUUUUUAGUGCCGUUGUAGGUGGUGAUAAUGAGAGAGACGAAGAUGAAGAUGAUUUAGAUGCAGUUCAUGCCUUUGAAAUAGGAAAUGAAGCGGUUGAAAUUGUAAAGAAGAGAUGUCAAGAAAUCGAUUAUCCCGUCCUGGAAGAGUAUGAUUUCAGAAAUGAUCAUCGUAAUCCAGAUUUAGAUAUUGAUUUGAAACCAUCUACUCAAAUUAGACCAUACCAAGAAAAAUCUCUAAGUAAGAUGUUUGGUAAUGGUCGUGCGAGAAGUGGGAUUAUUGUCUUACCAUGUGGUGCAGGUAAAACUUUAGUCGGUAUUACAGCCGCAUGUACUAUUAAAAAAUCGGUGAUUGUCCUAUGUACUUCUUCUGUGUCCGUUAUGCAAUGGAGACAACAAUUUUUACAAUGGUGUACUUUACAACCUGAAAAUUGUGCUGUUUUCACUUCUGACAACAAAGAAAUGUUUCAAACUGAAUCUGGUUUAGUCGUCUCAACAUACUCUAUGGUUGCCAAUACAAGAAAUAGAUCUCAUGAUUCUCAAAAAGUUAUGGACUUCUUAACCGGUAGAGAAUGGGGGUUCAUUAUUCUUGAUGAAGUUCAUGUUGUUCCAGCUGCUAUGUUCCGUAGAGUUGUUUCUACUAUUGCUGCACAUGCUAAGCUUGGAUUAACUGCAACCUUAGUCAGAGAAGAUGAUAAGAUUAGUGAUUUGAAUUUCUUAAUUGGCCCAAAAUUAUAUGAAGCUAACUGGAUGGAACUUUCUCAAAAGGGUCAUAUUGCUAACGUCCAAUGUGCGGAAGUGUGGUGUCCAAUGACCGCCGAGUUUUACCAAGAAUAUUUAAGAGAAUCUGCAAGAAAGAGAAUGCUGUUAUAUAUUAUGAAUCCUACCAAAUUUCAAGCAUGUCAAUUUUUGAUUCAAUACCACGAAAGAAGAGGUGAUAAGAUUAUUGUCUUUUCAGAUAACGUGUAUGCAUUACAAGAAUAUGCUCUUAAAUUAGGUAAGCCAUUUAUUUACGGUUCUACUCCACAACAAGAACGUAUGAAUAUUCUACAAAAUUUUCAAUACAACGAUCAGAUCAACACUAUAUUUUUAUCAAAGGUCGGUGAUACAUCCAUUGAUUUACCAGAAGCUACUUGUUUAAUUCAAAUUUCUUCUCAUUAUGGUUCUCGUCGUCAAGAAGCACAAAGAUUGGGUAGAAUUCUGAGAGCAAAGAGACGUAAUGAUGAAGGUUUCAAUGCAUUCUUCUACUCGUUAGUUUCAAAGGAUACCCAAGAGAUGUACUACUCAACAAAGAGACAAGCUUUCUUAGUUGAUCAAGGUUACGCAUUUAAAGUUAUUACUCAUUUACACGGCAUGGAAAAUCUACCUAACUUGGCCUAUGCUUCUGCAAGAGAACGUAGAGAACUAUUACAAGAAGUUCUGUUGAAGAAUGAAGAAGCUGCUGGUCUUGAAGUUGGUGAUGAUGCUGACAAUUCAAUUGGUCGUGGUUCUAACAUUCAUAAGAGAUUCAAAUCUAAGGCAGUAAGAGGUGAGGGUUCGUUGGCUGGUUUAGCUGGUGGUGAAGACAUGGCAUAUAUGGAAUACAGCACCAAUAAGAACAAGGAAUUGAAGGAACAUCAUCCUUUAAUUCGUAAAAUGUAUUACAAUAAUCUAAAGAAAUAA